AUGCGUGUUUAUAAUUAUAUGACAAGUUUUUAAAAGAGAAGGAGCUCAAGUUUCCUCGACCUCCAUUAAUGAGAUCGAGCUUGACAUCCGCCUCGAGAGCCUAAUGGGGAAGAAGCUAGGCUUGGGCUCUCUCUUCUUCAAGCUGAGGGACUCGCCGAGGCCCUCUGCUCGCCUCUCUCCUCCCUCUCCCUGGCAUUUUUGCAAACACCCAAAGACGACUUCCUUCCGCGACGCCGGCGCCGGCGACGGGGUGUUCAAGACGGUGAACUCGGUCUAUAUCGAAUCCAACGACUCCUGCUUCACGUCCGACCACGAGUGGAGCUUCUCCACGGCGUCGUCGGGCUCCGCCGUGGGCGAGUCGUCGGAGACGGUGGUGCGGCGGAGGCGGUCGGACCGGCUCUUCUUCGACCGGGGCGGCGGCACGAGGUCGAUCAUGGAGGAGGCCAAGGCGGAGGCAGAGGAGCCGUUCGAGGACAGCGUGGCGCUGGCGGUGGAUUCGGAGGACCCGUACGGUGACUUCCGGCGGUCGAUGGAGGAGAUGGUGUCGGCGCACGGCCUCGGCCGAGACUGGGAGCAGCUGGAGGAGCUGCUGGUGUGGUACCUGAGGCUGAACACGAAGGAGACGCAUCGACUCAUAGUGGGAGCCUUCGUGGACUUGCUCGUAGCCAUCAAUGCUUCCUCCUCCUCCAUUUCGUCCUCCUCCUCCUCUUCCAGUUCUUUCAAGAUUGAAGGAAUAACAGAGGAGGAUACUACCAACGAGCCAAGUUCUUCAUCAUCAUAUCCUUAACUCCACAAAAUCCCACACACUGUAUAUUUUCUAGAUUUUUCUCAUUAACUAAGCCCAUAUUUUUGAUCGGAGAAGACAAUCAAGCGCGCUCGUAUCCAAUUAUAGCAGUAGAUGAAACUGCUCUAGUUGGAGAUUGCUUGGCUGUUCUUGGUGUCAGGUUUAGCAAGUCACAAAGUAUGAAUUAAGUUUCUGAUUCACAAAUUGAAACUUUGAAGUGUCAGAAACUAAAUCAUGGGAAGCCAUGCCCUUGUUUGAUCUGUCCACGAGAUAUUAAAAAGGUAUAGCGAAUGGAGCUUGCCCUAGUUGCACAUGGAUCCAUAUAAUUAUUUAGAGAUUAGCCAAAUAUAAAACUAAAGAUUCUUGUCUGUAGUUUCAACGUGAGAAGCUUCUAAAUCUUGCAUUAGAUUCAAUGUUUGCUUGUGAUGCAUGCAAAGGGAGUUAGUCUUUCGCAUUCA